AAGGCUCCAUUAUUUGACUCCAUUAUUCACAUCCAGUGGACACAUGAAUACACACACAUCUAUCUAUAUCUAUAUCCAUAUUCUUUUGUUUAAUAUAUACACCUUUUGUCACAAAUCACUACUCUAACAAAAGGUGGGGAGAGAAAGAAAAAGCAAAAGACAAAAGAAAUCUAUACAGAGAGAGAGAGAGAGAGAGAGAGUGGCAUUAGCAAAAAAGAAAGAGAGGAACUGAUACGAUUUGGUGUUUUGUUGGGUUGAAACCAUUCACUAUGCUCUGGCCAUCACCAUCAUUGUCCACCCGUACAGCUUUUACUCACUUCAAUUAAAGUCUUUUUUCUUGUCUCUCUUUCUCUCUCUGCCCCCUUUCCAUCUCUACACACACGCACAGAAGGUGUACUUUGUGUUUUCUUUGCGAUCUCGAGUCAAUUCUUGAAUUCUUGAUAUUGAAGGAAGACUUUUUGAAUCUGCGUUUUCUGUGGAAGUCUUCAAGAAAGUGACUUUUGGGGGUCAAAGACUCGAGUUUUAGUCUGUUUCUUUUUUCCCUCCUCCUCUUGGCUGUUUUGGGGUUUGGAAUUGUGGGCCGCCGCAACAAUGACUGUGGAGGAAAUUAGGGGUGAUAGUGAGAAUUUUCCGGUGGGGAUGCGUGUUCUUGCUGUUGAUGAUGACCCAAUUUGCUUAAAGUUGUUGGACACUCUGCUCAGAAAAUGCCAGUACCAUGUCACUACAACGAGUCAGGCUAGGAUGGCAUUGAAGAUGUUGAGGGAAAACAAAGAGAGAUUUGACCUGGUGAUCAGUGAUGUCCAUAUGCCAGACAUGGAUGGUUUUAAGCUUCUGGAACUUGUUGGUCUUGAAAUGGAUCUACCUGUUAUCAUGCUGUCAGCAAACAGUGAUCCAAAGCUUGUUAUGAAAGGGGUUACUCAUGGUGCUUGUGAUUAUUUGGUGAAACCUGUUCGGAUUGAGGAGCUGAGGAACAUAUGGCAACAUGUAAUUAGGAGAAAAAAGUUUGAUGGAAAAAAUCAGAACAAAUCUGGUGAUCAAGUCAAGACUCAUCAGGCAAGUCGAGAAGUUCAUGGUUCUCCAUUGACAGGAGAUACAGAUCAGAAUGGGAGAUUUAACAGAAAGAGGAAAGAUGAGGAAGAUGAGAGUGAAGAUAAUGGAAAUGAAAGUGAAGACCCCGGGACGCAGAAAAAGCCUCGGGUUGUCUGGUCCAUAGAGCUUCAUAGGAAGUUUGUUGCAGCCGUGAAUCAGUUGGGAAUUGAAAAGGCUGUUCCCAAAAGGAUUCUAGACCUGAUGAAUGUGGAUGGCCUUACCCGGGAAAACGUGGCUAGCCAUCUCCAGAAGUAUAGGCUUUACCUGAAAAGAAUUAGUUCAGUUGCAUCCCAGCAAGCAAACAUGGCAGCUGCUCUUGGGGUCAAGGAUUCCCCUUUCAUGCGUAUGGGCUCACUGGAUGGGCUUGGAGACUUUCGAACAUUGUCUGGAGCAAGACUUGCAAAUGUAGGCUUAUCACCUUUCACAACUGGUGGCAUGCUUGGUAGACUAAACAGUCCUGCUAAUGUGAAUCUUCGUAACCUUACUCCAUCUGCACUAAUCCAGCCAAGCCAAACUCAAAACUUGAACAGCUCUAUCACUUCACUCGGGAAAAUGCAUUCAGCCCUUUCACCUGCAAGUCCAAAUGCAAGUUUAUUUCAGGGAAUUCCAUCGUCAUUGGAACUUGAUCAGUUGCAACCAAGCCAGGGUGCCUUAGGAAGUGCGAACGUCAAUAGUAUUGACGACUCAAGAAUGUUUUCAGCUGCAAUUGGUAGCUCAAGCAACUUGAUGAACAGUAGCACAAAUAGUCCAAUGAUGUUGAACGUCCAGCAAGUGCUGGGUGGUGGAGGAUUCGGAAAUCAGUCUACUCAUAACAUGGCUUCUUUUAAUGCAGAAUCCUUCAAUGCUGGUGUCUCCAGUUCGUCCAAUUUGCUGGAUCCUGGAAAAUGUAAUGAGAACUGGCAGAAUGCGCUUGAAUCGUCCAAAAUGCAGCCAAACCCUUUGCUUUCUACUGAGGUUUUCCACAGUCAGUUGCCUCUCAAUGGCUCGAGAGACAAUAGUUCUUCAAAUGGCUCUUACUUUCAGAACAACGCUAUUGAGUUUUCUUCGGCCAUGGCAUUACCACCUUUUGAAGAUUCAAGAGACAUGCAGUGCCAGGAAAGUUUUAUGGGCGAUAUACAGAAUAUGAAUCAGGUGCCUAGCCAAAGGUGGGAAGAGCAGAGUGGAAACUAUGCGCACAGCUCAAAUAAUGUUUUUGGUUCCUUGAAUUCUCAUAUUCCGGGCAACGGUAUUGUGUCUCCUCUGGGCCGGAGUUUGGACCAGAAUAGCGGAAUCUUGAACCAGAAGAUGGACAUGUUCAUUAACGGCAGAUCAACUGGAAGUGCUUCAAAUCUUCUGCAGCAGAAUGAAAAUGAAAAGUCGGCAACAGAACCAAGAACGAGGUCGCAUGAUGACUUCCCUUUCGAGCACCCAAAAUUGCAAGGUGGAUAUGUUCCCCAAAGUUAUGAUUCGUUGGAUGAACUGAUGAAUGCUAUGAUCAAACGGGAACAAGACGAAACCAUACCAAAUUGCGACUUUGGAUUUGAUGAUUACUCUUUUGGAUCAGGUAUAUGAUAAAAGCUUUGUUAGCGACUUUUCAUCAUGAAGAAGCUGCAAAACUGAAACUCUUCAUCAAGAGUCUGUAUCUAUUUGUAAUCUGUUUUUAUCUUUCAGAAUAUUUCUAGUAUGGUUGAAUUUAGCCCGGUUAGUUCUUCUGUUUCAAACCCUAAGUUCCAAUUGAAAAUAGCACUCUAGUAAUUAUCUUGAGAAAUUCUCUUGGUUGCAAAAUUAUGAAUAAAACGUUUCAGGAAAGUCCAUGCUUUAUUUUCUUCUAUUUCCUUCCCUUGAGGGUUUAACCCAAUUCUUGUUAUGCAUUCACAAAUAAGGGAAUUAUGCACUUUUCUUCCGAGGUUUGGUGUAAUUAAACGCGGAUUUCUUGUGGUUUGCAAAUUAUAUUUAGUAUUAUUGAAGUUUGUUUCUAUUUGACAAAUAAGCUCCCCGUUAGUCAGAAAUCACUAUAUUUGUUAAUAUUAAAAAAAAGUUGGGACGAAUUUAAAUUUAUGUAAAAGCAAACUUUAGGGUUACUAGAUGUAAUUUUUCAAUCAUCCCCACAGAUAAUUGUGCUUGUUUGCAAUGCAAGUUGAACUUAGCUGCAGUUGGAGAGGACCGAAUGAAAUAACAAGUGCUCGUCGUCAACACAAGUUGAACUCAACUCAGCUGCAGUGGGAGAGGACUGAACAAAAUAACAAGAUACUAAUGCAAACUUCAACACUCUCUAGAUAUCUAUACUUAGUCGAUUCAUAUUACAUAGCAUAGAAACUAUGGUUUCCGGUUAUCAUUAUUAACCCUCCCACCCAAGCAGCUUAGCUCGUCGUUCCCA